AUGACGGACAAGCUACCUCCGAAUUUGCUGGCGCUGUUUGCGCCGCGCCCGCCGCUGCGAUGGGUCGAGGCGCCUGAUUAUGCCCCCGAGAAGCGAAAGACGGCGCACAUUGAUGGGAUGGCUGCCUUUUUGCCCGACCUGAAGGCGUACAAGGAGAAUGACACGAGCGUUCCUACGGAGAGCUGGCUCGAGGCGCGCGAUCGCAAGAAGCUCGAGAAGAAGGCCGCCGUGGAGGACUUGUCCGCCAACGCGCCCAAGUAUUACAAACCUAAUGACGAUCCUCUAAUUCGCGGCGAUGCGUUCAAGACUCUGAUUGUCGCGCGCCUGAGCUACGAUGCUGACGAGCGUGAUCUGGAGCGCGAGUUUGGUCGCUUUGGGCCUAUUGAGCGUACUCGCAUUGUCGUCGAUACGCACGCCGCCGAAAAGGGAAACAAGAAAAAAAAGCCACAUCGAGGCUAUGCAUUUGUCGUCUUUGAGCGCGAAAAGGACAUGAGAGCGGCUCUGGAUGCCUGCGAUGGUAUUCGUAUCAAAGAUCGACGAAUCAAGGUAGAUGUUGAGCGUGGUCGAACAGUCAAGGGCUGGAAGCCAAGACGACUCGGCGGUGGCCUUGGGGGUCGAGGAUACACGAAGGCCCUUCCCGCUCGGCCCGGUGGCCCUGGCGGCUUCGGCGGUGGUUUCCGCGGGGGUAGAGGAGGGUUCGAUGGCGGUCGCGGCCGUGGUGGCUUCCGUGGCGGCUUUGGUGGUCGCGGGGGAGGCUUCCGAGGCGGUGAUCGGGACUUUGGUGGUCCGCCUCGUGGCGACCGUGGCGAUCGAAAUGGAUUUCCUCCCAGAGACGCGCCCUCCGGCCCUGGUGGCUUUGACAGACGCAACGGCGACCGUGGCGAUCGUGGCUUCGACCGUGGCGACCGUGGUGGUGAUCGUGGUGGUGACCGAGGUGGCCGCUUCGACGACAGACCCCCUCGUGACGGCGGUAGAUUCGGCGAUCGCGACGGUGGCCGCCGCACCGGAAGCAACAAUGAACCAAUUGGUGGUCGGCGCGAAGGUGGUGGGUAUCGUGACCGGGACAGAGACUUUGACCGCCCCCGCGAUGAUGACAACAGAAAGCGAGGAUAUGAAGGCGGAGGUUACGAGGAUCCCAGGAAAAUCCGCAGAUACUAA